GUACCUUGAAGCUCACCCCACACUGUCUGGUGUUACGCAGACAGGGUCUAAUACGGUAACACAGGUGUUCACAAGUUACCUUGUACGAGUGAUAAUCUUGGCCGGUGUUCACUCCCCAGGCCUGCAGUCCCACUGGAGCUUUGAAAGUGUUCGCAAGUUCACAACUGUCGUACGGGAGUUAAUAUUUGAAUUCUGUAGUGUAGAAGUUUUCAUAUAUUAUUUUUACGUGUCAAAGGAGAUAUAAUAUUGAACAAAUACCAGAGUGUUAUCUCAAGUUCAAGCAGUACGCGCUGAGAGAGCUAGGCUAGAGAAGGCCCUUGUCCAACUAUACCUGAGGAACUGUCUUGCAUGGCGUCGCCAUCUACUUGGCUGGGCUCACUGAUGUUCCCGUCUCCGGAGUUUAUGAAGAACAACCUCUCUUUUCCCAUGCCUCACCUCGUCACCAGCGAUGACCACCAGCAACCGAACCAAGUGAAUGACACACGCCCUAACACCGCUCUCGCCAAUGGAAUGCACUAUGAGCCUACUAACUUCGUGAAUGGAUUGUCUCAAGAGCAGCAGCAGAAUUCUAUUCCUGUUAAUGGCGCCCUCCAUCACCAGCAAAAUUCUGAUCAUCUUAACGGCGUCCUCCACCAGCAAAGUUCUGAUCUUGUUAACGGCGUUCCAAAUCACCAGCAAAGUUCCAAUUUAGUUAACGGCGUUCCCCAACACCAGCAAAGUUCCAAUCUAGGUAACGGCGUUCCCCAACACCGGCAAAGUUCCAAUCUAGGUAACGGCGUUCCCCAACACCAGCAAAGUUCCAAUCUAGGUAACGGCGUUUUCAAUCACCAGCAAAGUUCUAAUCCUGUUAACGCCGUCCUUCAUCACUGGCCAGAUACUCAACAUGUUGACAGGGAUAUUCACCAUCAACAACUGGAGUCGAAUCUUAGUGACUGGAUCCCACACGAAGUCAAACAAAUUAACAGGAUGCAUCAGGACAACCGAUUUGAGGAUCACAAAAGAGACAAUCCUGCUCUAUCUCCCAGAACUGGUCGGCGGCCAUCAUCACCAAACAUCGACACACCAUUCUUCUUCCCGCAACCUCACCCACACCUUAGCGUCAUCGAUGAGGUACACGACGAGAGCACCAUCAAUACUGAGGGACCCUCGUCUGACGACAAGAACGCCAGCGACCAGGCGACACCUACCAAUACUGCCUGCUCCACGCCAUGUUUCAACGUCAACGAUUGGAUGCAGGCCGAAAGUGCGAAAACAGAGAAACUGGAUAUGACGAAGGAGGUGGUCGCCAUAGAGGAGAAGGAGAAAGAUGAGGAGGAAAUGGAGAGGAUUAGCAAGAAGCUGGGGGAUAUGUCAUGGAUGAAGCGUUGGAUAGCAGGUCGAAAAAGUUUGGUGCGUCAACAUCUGGUCCAUGUGGAGAACCGACUCUUCGAGAUGUUCGGUGACAAGGAAAAGCUCACUAUCAAUAUUAGCAAGUUCCUCAUGGGGCUGACAGCUACAGGGAUGCGACACUCGGACCCCCGCCUGAAAGAAAUGAGGAAUAAACUGAAGAAGGUCCAGGAACGUAUGGCGUCGUCUGAUCUCGAGGCCUUGAAUGUCAGCUACGAGUCGUUCAUGGGCAUCGUCUCUGAGAACCUGGAGGUGGUAGUGAAGGCUUUCUCCUCCUCCUUCGUGAUACCAGACUUCCGCGGAUUCUGUCACCACAUCGACGAGAUCUAUGCCUCUUGUCUUGCUAACACGGAUGGCACGGUGGCGCAAUACAUCCCCCAGUUGGCUCGAUCCAAUCCUCAGCACUGGGCCGUCUCCAUUUGUACAGUGGACGGCCAGAGGUACUCCAUGGGCGACGUUAAUGUUCCCUUCACUCUCCAGUCCUGCAGCAAGCCCUUGACCUACGCCUUGGUGUCGGGCAUGUACGGCACGGAGUACAUGCACAACUUCAUCGGGAUGGAGCCGUCUGGUCGCUACUUCAAUGAGCUUUGCCUCGAUUAUAACAAUAAGCCACACAACCCGAUGAUUAACGCGGGGGCCAUAAUGACAGCCGCGCUUCUGAAGCCUGACCUCUCAGCCGCCGAUCGCUUCGACUUCGUGUUCAACAGAUAUAAGCGACUGGCGGGUAAUGAGUACCUAGGCUUUAACAAUGCCGUCUUCCUCUCGGAGAAGGAGUGUGCUGACCGUAACUUCGCCCUCGCCUACUUUAUGAGGGAGAACAAAUGCUUCCCAGAGGGUACCCGUCUACACGAGACACUUGACUUCUACUUCCAGUUGUGUUCGUUGGAGAUCAAUGCAGAGUCUGGGGCGGUGAUGGCAGCAACACUGGCUAACGGGGGUAUCAACCCUCUCACUGGUGACCCAGUGUUGACUGUGGAUGCUGUGAGGAACACACUCACCCUCAUGCACUCCUGCGGCAUGUACAACUACUCCGGCCAGUUUGCUUUUAAGGUUGGCCUGCCAUCCAAGUCUGGCGUGUCAGGGUGUGUCUUGUUGGUGGUGCCUAAUACAAUGGGCAUCUGCCUCUGGUCGCCGCCUCUUGAUUCCAAUGGAAAUUCUUGUCGCAGUGUUCAAUUCUGUAUGGAGAUGGUAUCUCGUUUCAAUUUCCACAACUUCGACAACCUCCGCGGCCACGUAGUUACAAAGUUUGACCCACGCAUGGCGAAGGCAGAAUCGAAGGCGCAAAUUCUGUUUGAUUUGCUGUUCUCUGCUGCAGCUGGUGAUCUCUCUGCAUUGAGAAGACACUCACUCUCGGGGACAGAUAUGGGAGCCAAGGAUUACGAUGGCCGGACAGCACUUCAUGUAGCAACGUCUGAAGGACAUGCUGAGAUUGUUGCAUUCCUUCUUCAAAACUGUCAUGUCUGCCCUCUACCCAAGGACCGAUGGGGGAGAACACCCUUAGAUGAUGCCAGUAGUUUCGAAAAUCCUCAUUGUGGUGAUUUGAUUAUUGAAUGCUGCAAAAAGAGGGGCAUUGAGAUUCCUUUAGCUCUCACAGAUACUAAAGAUUCCAUAAAAUAAACAAUGUUACAGUCUUGUACGGUGAUGUAUUAUGGGUCAUUCAGAUGCCAACUUAGAUUUUACUUACAAUAGUUUGGAUUCAUCUAGUGUCAGUACUCACUGAUGUCAGGAGUUGUAGUGAAGUUUAAUAUAAUUUAUCCUGCAUGGCCUGGUAUCAUGUACUGUAGUACUUUAUAUGAAUGAAUUUUAGAUUAUAGAGGCAUUCCUUUGCACUGAUGUCCCUAAGAAGUUGUUGUCUAUAAAAGACAUCUUUUUUAAGGUCUGUGAUGUUGAUGAGCCAACAUGAAGCUGGAAGUGUUGCACUUUCGGAACAGCUGCUCUGAUAUGCAGUACAGUAUCAUAAUACUCUGUAUUGCUCUCGGAAGAAAUGUAAAGCAAUAUUUGUGUGUUUAAACUGGUGCUUUGUGUAUGUUUAUGUGUAAAACUUGUGAAAUUAUUUACUGAAACAUGUAAGUACUCAUUUAAACAGUACUUGCACAUUUUCAUGUAAAAAAAUUAUAUUUUUUAAUUAUAUUGUGUACAGUGCUUGCUUAAGGAUAGGCAAUAUCUGAAGUACAAGUUAGUUUAAUAAAAUUAAAAUUAGUAGCAGUUAUUAUUGUCAUUACUUUUUUCAUAUGCUUGCAGAUUUUCUGUCGUGAAAUGGUAGGUAACAUCUGUCAUGUAUCAAUUGUAAUAUUUGGGUUUAAUGCAAUAGCUCCCAUUUUGUUGAACAGCUUUUUAAGUCCUUGGAAAAUAUUAAUUAUUAAUAAAUGAAGGGAGAACUGUGCCCGCCUAUAAAUCUGGCUUCCCUGUACUACUACAGCAGUGAAUGGGUGACAAACUUGGAUAAUGGAGCUUAUAUUACAUUUAUUUUGAAUAAUUAUACAGAUUUUAUGACAAUCGGAAUGGGUGCAGUUGAGUUGUGUGCAAUACAGCCCCAAUACAUUUUGCAAUAUAAAUCUUGGUCAUCCAUUUUUACUAAUAUAGAUCCUUGUGUUGGUUCGUUUUCUUAUUAUAUACAUGACAUUGGGUUCACAAAAAACAUUCUAUUUUGUUCAUAUAUUUAAGGUACCGUAUAUUUAUAAAUUUCUUAGUUUAGCAGCACGAGAUGGUGUCAGAUUUUGUUAUGUGUGAUACUGCAGCCUGCAGGUACUGUAAUUGUUUCUUGACCUUGAAUGCUGUUGCUCUGAUACCUGUGGAAUUUGUAAGUAU